GGGAUGCGGGCGGAAGUUGGUGGAAUUUGAAUCUUCGGGGCCGUUGGUCGGGCUUCGGAUUGGGGUUCCGGCCGCUGCUGGAGAAGGAGGAGGAAGGGCAUUGAAAAACAAAGCAUUGUGGCCGCCGGGUCCCGUGGAAGUCUCCCGGCCGCUCCGUCGGACUCGAUUUCAAAGGAACACAUUAGCAUGAAUGAAAAUAAUCUUUGUCAGCUUCAGAACUUUGCUUGUGUUCUCUGUCGAAGAACUGAUGACUAUCCUGAAAAGUAUGGAGAAAAAAAGAUUUACCAGGACCACAACCUCACUAUACAUUACUAUUGUUUAUUGAUGUCAAGUGGAAUUUGGCAGAGGGGUGAAGAAAAAGAAGGUGUUUAUGGUUUUCUAAUAGAAGACAUCAAGAAGGAAGUAAACAGAGCUUCUAAGCUGAAAUGUUGUAUUUGCAAGAAAAGUGGUGCUUCAAUUGGAUGCGUGGCCAGCAAAUGUAAACGAAGCUAUCAUUUCCCUUGUGGAGUUCAGAAACAGUGUAUUUUCCAGUUUACUGGAAACUUUGGGUCAUUCUGUUGGGAUCAUCGGCCUGUUCAAAAUACACCUUCUAGCCAUUGUACGGUUUCUUCACAAUGCACCAUUUGUUUGGAAUAUGUUGAACAUCUUCCAACAUACAGCAUUUUGGGAAGUCCUUGUUGUAAAAAUGCUUGGUUUCACAGGGACUGUUUACAGGUUCAGGCACUCAGUGCUGGAAAAUUUUUCUUCAAGUGCCCAUUAUGCAAUAACAGUGAUAAAUUUCAGAGCGAAAUGUUGAGAAUGGGUAUUCAUAUUCCUGAAAAAGAUGCAUCUUGGGAACUGGAAGAAAAUGCCUAUCAAGAACUUUUGCAGCAUUACGAACGUUGUGAUGUAAAAAGAUGUCGCUGUAAAGAAGGGAGAGAAUAUAAUGAACCUGAUAGUAAAUGGGAAAUAAAACGCUGCCAGUAUUGUGGAUCUAGUGGAACACAUUUAGCCUGUUCCUCAAUAAGAACAUGUAGACAAAACUGGGAGUGCUUUGAGUGCAGAAGCAUUAUCUACAAUUCAGGGGAUUUAAAAAGACCAAAAAAACGCUCUCUACCUAACUCAGAAAAUAUUGGAAUUACUAACUGUUUGUUGGAACAGCACUCUCCCAAAUUCUCCAGACAGUCCCCUAGAACUCAGAACAAAGAUUUGCUCAGGUCACCAAAGAUACUACAUCAAGGAAGCUUGACUCCUAAUUCAUGUUUAGAUAAACCACCAUGUUCUAGAAGACUCAGGUUAAUCCCACCACUUAUUAAUGUUGCUGCAAAGAAUCCUUCCACUACUAAAAGGGAAGUCAGCGUGUUGAAAAGAGACAUUUCUAACAUACUGAGAGAAUUAGGAUACCAAAUUAAACCAAAAACACAGAAACUCUAUAUCGACAAAGAAAAUAUCUGGAAUAGUGCCAUAAAAGGACUCAGAAAGCGAAACUUUAAUCCAUCAGACACAAUUGAGGUACAGUUCUGUAAUGGAAAUGGAGAUGGAGGAACUGAAGGAUCAAAGCAUGAAUUCUUAAGCCUUUUAAUGAGACAUCUUGAGAGCUCAUCACUAUUUGAAGGGUCCGUGUCAAAGAACUUGUCCCUUAAUUCUGAAGCUCUUAAAGAGAACCUCUAUUUUGAGGCUGGUAGAAUGAUUGCCAUUUCUUUGGUGCAUGGUGGUCCACCGCCUUUUUUGUUUUCUAAAACGUUAUUUAACUGCCUUGUAUCUGGACCAGAGAAUGUAGAACCAACUCUAGAAGAUGUUGAGGACAGUAAUGUGAUGCAAAUAAUAACCAAGAUUAAAAGUUCACAAAAUUUGGCUCACUUAAGGUCAGCAAUACGUGAUUGUUUUGAAUACCUCUCUCACAUUGGAUGUCUCAGACUUGUAACACUGCUAAGUGACAAGGAUGUGUUAGUAAAAGACAUACUCACCUAUCAUGUAAUUAAAAGAGUGCAGGCACCCUUGGACAGUUUUCAGCAGGGUUUGAGAACUCUUGGCGUGUUAGAAACAAUGCAGAAAUAUCCAGAAGCAUUUUAUAGUAUCCUAUGUCACAAGCCUGAGAGACUUACAACCAAAAUCUUUAGUGAUCUUUUUACUAUGCACAAAUUGUCUGAAGCGCAGGAUGCCAGAUCUGUGGGGUUUUGGAUGAAUUACUUGCAGAAUGUUGAAAGUGGAGAAUUUGUAGUAAAAUUAGAAGAUAUCCUAGUUUUUGCAACAGGCUGCCGCUCCAUCCCCCCUGUUGGAUUUCAGCCUACUCCAUCAAUUGAAUUUUUGUAUGCUGAUUAUCCUGUUGGAACCAAAUAUUAUAACAAGUUAACUCUUCCAAUAACCAACACAUACAAAGAAUUUCAAGAAAACAUGGACUUUGCUAUCAGAAAUGCCUUAGAACUAGAAACAGAAAAAGCCUACUACACUGGAUGUUAAGUCUUAUUUCAGAAGUGCCUCCUUGUAAGCUGCUAUCAUUAUGUUCUUAACAUUCCACAACUUUGUCCUUAAUUCUCCCUUGUUUUAAAACUUGCCGGUCCUAAUUCAGUAGUAUUUGAUACGAACUUCAAAGAAAGUGGUGACAUUUUAAAAAGUACAAUAUGUUAAGGACUUCUUACUCAAAUUUGAUAUAACAUUUUGUAUUUUCUUAGUGCUUUUACUUGUCUGUGAACUUCAAAAUAAGUAACUUUAGUAAGUUGUUACUUUGUCAUGAUACACAUAAAAACUUGCUAUUGACUAAUUUUCUAAGUUAUGUUUCCUUCAGGUAAACUAUAAUUAUUUUCCAGUUUUGUAUAAAAAAUAAUUGUCUUUCAACUUUUUUUUCCUUUUAAAGCAUUAAACAGAAAUGCCACAGAAUUUAAAGGUAUUGUAGCAUAUGAAUCGAGAACAUGCUAUUCUCAAGAUGGAGUGGCACUAAACUAGAAAUCAAAGUAUGCAGAUAGGUCAGUUGGGAAAAGGUAGAACCUGCUCCCUGUACUCCUGUGAAACUGAAUUAUGUUCAAAUUGUGCUGAAAAGUUACUAUUUGUUAACUGUAUCUUGGGCCUUAAUGGUAACAGUUUGACUUCUGUAGACUUAGGGCAGUUCUAUGCCUUCAAAGUGAGUGAAUGUGGGUUAAUAUCUAGUUAUUUUAGCUCUCUUCGUCAAUUGCCCAUUAUGGGUUUGAGUACAGUGGUGGAUAUUAAUUGUUAACUUGGCUGAAUUACCAUGUAAGCCUCUUGGAGUCCACCCCAUAGAUACUAACUUGUAAUAUGUAUAAAACGAUUUUGCACCUACUAAUUUCAUUGGUAAAUUAUUUAAAGGAACAAAAGUAUUAUAUUUAGUCAUCCAUGUUCCCAUUCCAGAAGCCAUUCUCACUUAAUUUCGAUACAAGUGCUGUUUUUAAUACAUUCCUCCCAAAUGUCUGCAUUUUUUUUAAAUUGGAAAGCAAUCUAUUCUCAUCAUCUUUUGUAUCCAUAAUUUGAUGUUAGUACCAAAGUAGAUGGAGCAUUUUUACUCCGCCACAGAUUUUAAUGAUCUUCUACAUUUGUACUUAACUGUGUUUUUCCCCCUGCCUGCAAACUAAACUAAGCUCCUCUAAAUUAAAAUUCAAUAAGAAAUCUUUUGAAAUUACUGAUUUAAAUUUAUUUCUAGAUUUCCUUGACGUUUGUUGGUAUCGAUGAGAGUAUCUUUGGGCAAAUUUGAGUUUGGAGGAGAGUAGAGUAAUCUCAGCUUCUUCAUUACUUCUUUUUAGUUUUUUAAAAUUAAACUUAUUUAUAUUGACAUGUUUUUCGAAUGAAGUUGUGUCUUAAAACUUAUAUGGCUUCUGGAACCUCUUUCAGCAGAUCUUUACUUCUGUUGGAUUCACUCGUGUUAAAGCCAUUAGGUAAUAUGAUGUCGUAAGUCUUUUACUUUCAAUUAUGUCUAAAUAGAAAUCAGUUAGUGAUUUAUUUUUCAUAUGCUCAUAUUUAUGUAAUUUCAAAAUUGUACCUAUGAGUCAGCUUGGUUCUUUUUUCACUUAAGCAUGUUUCUUUUAGUCACUAAUAUUCUAGUAUUCUCCUGAGGCACCUUUUGGGCCUGUGCUGUUUAUUUUUCUUUUCAAAUGAAAUGGUAUAAAUAAUCACUGAGUCAUUGAUAACUGAAUGACAUGACUCCAUGCUGACAAAAAUCAAUAUGAAAAAAGAGAAAUUUGCCAAGUGGCUUUGCCUUUAGUGUUCAUUCAUCCUAAGGAAAGUAAUUAGAAUAAGAUUUUAUUCUUAUUUGUAAAUAGGCAACAUUUUUAAUGGUGUUUUAUUGUUACUUUUAUGAUAAAUUGUACUGUUUGUUCUGGUUGUAAUAUCAAAUGUAAAAUAUUUCCUUUCAUUUUAGUUUGAUUACUUACUUUAAUGUAUGUAGUUUAUGUCCCAGAUUUAUACAAUUUAAAAUUUUCUUUAAUAAUCCAAUCUCAAAUUCAGCUCUGCUAGUGACAGUUUUAUACACAUGAAUUCCUUUUUAGCUUUAGCAGCAUGGCAGAAUGGACAGAGAGCUGGUCUCAAAGCCAGGAAGACUGAGGUCAGAGGCGUGCAUCUGACACCUCCUGGUUUGUGUGACUGCUCCGUGCCAGGGCUCCAGGCAUCUCCAGGCAUUGCAGACCUGCAUUGGUAGAGGGAGUGUCUUCACCUGAGAGUUCCCUGUAUUAAUGAAAUUAGUUUCAGUUCCUAUCCUUGAGCACUCUUAAUUGUACAAACCUUUUAACUAAAGAGAAACUUAGAAAGAAAUGUCUUUUAGUCCUGUUGACAGCCUUUCAGUACACUACAACUUUGUCUAUGCAGUUUGAAAUGCACAUUUGGAUAAUUUGUAAUGAUGUCUCUCUUGCAUAGGAAGUGGCCAGAAAAAUACACGAAGAAAGCCUUCUUUUGUGUAAACUGACACAUUAGUGCUUUUCCUGCAUGAAUCCAUUCUGAUAGUGUGGAAAGAUUCCUUUUGUACAAAGUUGAAAAAUCCCUUUGUAUAAACUAACUUCCAUAAAAGUUUUAUUAAACUGAACAUAUGGAUAGGAAGUACCACAUGAAUGAGGCAGCAUUGUAAUUAAAUCUUCAAAUAAGACGAAUAGCACCCUGUAGUUAGUUCAUUUCUCACUUAUUCUCAAGGAUAGGAGAAUUUCAUACACACAGAGACACCCCCAACACACCUACCCACACCCACUCAUGUAAUGCUUGUUUACCUCUGAGGGCUAAAGUGACCGGCUGUUUGCAUAGCCUUCUGUGGGUUUGCGCUGUAUUUAUGUUUACCACUCUAUAACUAACCACUUUAUAAUUUUAAGCACUGACCCCUUUGCUGACCAGUAGCAAAGCCCCACCCCAGGUCUGGCCAAUAGCAGAGAGCCCAGUUCCAUAGCAAGCCAGCAGCAGGGACCUACCCCUUGGGCAGAUCAGCAAAAGGAAAUUACUUCUCUGGGGCCUGCUCCAGAGAGGCCCUGUUUCCAUAGCAACCCAACAGCCAAGGUCCACCCCUGGAGCAAGCUAAACCACCACAGCCAGGUGAGGCCAUUGGGGAGGUCCCACCCCCCAGUUCAAAUGGAAAAGGAAAUAUAAAAGCUCACUGAAGAAAAUAAUUCCUUAAAAAUUAGGAUUGAACAAGUGGAAACUGCUGACUCUAUGAGACAUUAAGAUAGCAU